CUGUACCCGCUGACCGCACCGGCCAUGCAGCAGCCUCUGCUAGGAGCCGAGGGUCCGGACUAUGACACCUUUCCCGAGGCGCCCCCAUCGCCGGGAGAGAGGACGCGGGCCGGGGCCUUGCAAAACAGAAGGGUGUUCCUGGCCACCUUUGCUGCUGUGCUGGGCAAUUUCAGCUUUGGGUAUGCCCUGGUCUACACAUCCCCUGUCAUCCCUGUGCUGAAGCAAUCUUCUGACCCAGCACUACAUCUGAACAAAAUCCAGGCAUCAUGGUUUGGGUCCGUGUUCACCUUGGGUGCUGCAGCCGGGGGCCUCAGUGCUAUGUUACUCAAUGACCUCCUGGGCCGGAAGCUCAGCAUCAUGUUCUCAGCUGUCCCCUCAGCCAUUGGCUAUGCACUCAUGGCCGGUGCCCAUGGCCUCUGGAUGCUCCUGUUGGGGAGGAUGUUGACAGGCUUUGCUGGAGGACUCACUGCUGCCUGCAUCCCGGUGUACGUGUCUGAGAUUGCACCCCCUGGUGUUCGUGGGGCCCUGGGGGCCACACCGCAGCUCAUGGCCGUGUUUGGAUCCCUGUCUCUCUAUGCCCUCGGUCUUCUGCUGCCUUGGCGAUGGCUUGCUGUGGCCGGGGAGGGGCCUGUGCUCGUCAUGAUCCUGCUGCUUAGCUUCAUGCCCAACUCACCUCGCUUCCUGCUCUCAAAGGGCCGCGAUGAGGAAGCCCUGCAGGCCUUGACCUGGCUGCGAGCUGACUCUGAGGUCCAUUGGGAGUUUGAACAGAUCCAGGACAACGUGCGGAGACAGAGUAGCCGAGUGUCAUGGGCAGAGGCCCGGGACCCCCGUGUGUACCGGCCUAUUCUCAUCGCAGUCCUGAUGCGCUUUCUGCAGCAGCUGACAGGCAUCACACCCAUCCUCGUAUACCUACAGACCAUCUUCGACAGCACGUCCGUGGUGCUGCCCUCCCAGGAGGAUGCAGCCAUAGUUGGUGCUGUGAGGCUCCUGUCUGUGCUGAUCGCUGCUGUCACCAUGGACCUGGCUGGCCGUAAGGUCCUGCUGUAUGUGUCAGCAUCCAUCAUGUUUGUUGCCAACCUGACGCUGGGACUGUAUGCCCAAUUUGGCCCGAAGCCUCUGACCCCCAACAGCACUGUGAGCCUGGAGAUUGUGACCCUGGAGGCUACAGAACAGCCCACAGCCACAGCCUUCAAUUAUCUCACUCUGAUACCCCUGCUGGCCACCAUGCUCUUCAUUAUGGGCUAUGCCAUGGGCUGGGGGCCCAUCACCUGGCUCCUCAUGUCUGAGGUUCUGCCCCUGCGUGCCCGUGGUAUGGCCUCAGGGCUCUGCGUGCUGGUCAGCUGGCUUACAGCCUUCAUCCUCACUAAGUACUUCCUGCUGGCAGUGAAUGCCUUCGGCCUCCAGGUGCCUUUCUUCUUCUUCUCGGCCAUCUGCCUGCUCAGCCUGCUCUUCACAGGUUGCUGUGUGCCUGAGACCAAGGGCCGCUCGCUGGAGCAGAUUGAGGCCUUCUUCCAUACCCAAAGGAUGUCCUUCAGGCCCUAGUCAAGGGCUUGCCUGUAAGGGGCCAAACCACCCGAGCUGCCUAUGCACUGGCCGCAGAUUCACACCUGCAACAGGAGCAGCAGCG